AACGCGGCAGGGAGGAGUUCGGCCUGUGUUAUGCACCGACAGAAUUUUCGACCCCCGACCCCUCCUUACCCUGGCUCCGGUGUAGGAGGUUGGGGUAGCGGGAGCAGCUUCCGGGGCACCCCGGGCGGGAGCGGACCACGGCCGCCGUCCCCUCGGGACGGUUACGGGAGCCCGCACCACACGCCGCCGUACGGGCCCCGAUCUAGGCCCUACGGGAGCAGCCACUCUCCACGACACGGCAGCAGCUUCCCGGGGGGCCGGUUCGGGUCCCCGUCCCCUGGUGGCUACCCUGGCUCCUACUCCAAGUCCCCCGCUGGGUCCCAGCAGCAGUUCGGCUACUCCCCAGGGCAGCAGCAGAGCCACCCCCAGGGUUCUCCAAGGACAUCUACACCAUUUGGAUCAGGGCGUGGUAGAGAAAAAAGAAUAUCUAAUGAGGUGGAAAGUUAUUUCAAGCCUUCAAUGCUUGAGGAUCCUUGGGCUGGCCUAGAACCAAUAUCUGUAGUGGAUAUAAGCCAACAGUACAGCAAUACUCAAGCAUUCACAGGCAAAAAAGGAAGAUACUUUUCUUAACAUUUCAGAAAUUCAUCUGGAAGCUUCAUGUGUCAGGAACAUCUUGGACAAAACUGUUGCUUGUGUUAUUGAACCCUAAGAUGAUGACUUAGUGUAGGGUCUUGGUAUUUUUCGUCAUACCAAGUAUUAUUGGUCUAAAUUAGAGAAGAAAUAUGGUAGGGUAGUUUGCAGUAUUUAGCUCUUUGGUGGUGAGCUAUAUACAUGUAUCUAUAUUCCGUAUAUUUAAAACUUUUGAUUAUAUAUUGGACAUUUGUCUUUUAAUGUUUUUCCAACAUUUUGAAAUAAAACAUUUCGUCUUUCUAGCUAUAUUGUGGUUUUGUUGUAUGCUAAAAAGUAGAAUUAUUAAAAUAAUGCUUCAUAAGCAUAGGUAAAUUGUCUUUUGGAAACUGCUUUUUAAAAUGAAAUAGAUAAACCAUCCUUUGAGCUGUACACAGCUCUGUUUGUUUACAGGGAGAGAAGGAUGAAGAGAACGAAGAAUUCUAUACCAGUAUAUUCACAUUCAUUAUAACCAGUGUUCUACUUGCAUAUCUUAUCUAGUGCUUUUGUAAAAAUGCAUUGAUAUUUGAUUGGAAGUGACAGAAACUCACUUUAGCAUAAGUUUAAAAAAAGGUACUUAUACACACUUAACUGGAAAGUACAAGGAUAGUCCUAUUUCAAGCAUAGCUAGAUCAGAGUGUUCUGUGUCUGAAUUUCUGUUCUCUGUAUCUCUCAGGAUUAUGUAAUAAUUUUCUCCUGAUGCCAAAGAAAAUGACUACCGUCAGUCUCAAAUUCAUAUGCAUUGCUAAGAGAACAGCUCCCAGUUCCAUCAACCCCAGGGAAGACAGAUUGGCCAUGCUUGGAUCAUGUUUUUAUCUUCUUGAACCAAUAACUGUGACCAGGAAAGUGGUGCCUACUUAGCUUGUAAUCAUGAGCUCUCCCUGUAAUGAGACAGGCCCCAUAAUUUUCAGCCCCACUAGGCCUACCUGGAGUAGAGAAGUAUUUUUCCAAAGGAAGGGAUGCUAUAUAUGUAUUUUUUACACCUACAGUAAUGGAGACAAAAAUAGUAGUUUUUUUCUCCAAUGUUUAAAAUCAAGUCUUAUAACGUGCAGAUUUUUUAGAUGCUUUGAGAUCACAAUAUGAUGAAAAUGGAGCUCGUUAAAUUUUAUGUAAGCAUUUCCAGAAAGAAACAUUAUUAUCUAAAAAUGAGAAGAGUCACACCACCAAUUUGAGCCAUACCCAAUUCUAUUUGUUCAUUAGGUCUUUUGCAGAGACAGAGAAGGAAUUGAGAAGGUAAGGGUUUUACGUGAAUACAAGCUACAUGAGAGCAAGGAGUUUAGAAAUUCUACCAGUUUUUAGUUGAAUGAGUUACUUUUCUUCUCUAUGCCUCAGUUUUCUCAUUUGUAAAAUGAGGAAGUUAAUAGUACCCAUGUUAUAAAGGUGUUGUGUUUUGAAGAUUCAAUAGGUUUAUAUGUGUGAAACUCAGGCCAGGGCCUGACCCAUAGUAAGCUCUCAAUAAAUGGUAGCAAUUACUUUGUCUCCACCCCUAUAUUCUCAGCUCUUAGAAUAGUGCCUGGAAAAUAGAUGUAUAAAAGAAUGUUUGGUGAAUGAAUGCAGAAACUCUGAUUAUAAUUAAUACAUAAUACAUUUGUGUACAGAUCUGUAUAUGAAAGAGGAAAACUAGUAAAUUUUUCCCUGGUAUUUUAAAGUAAACCUAUUCUCUAACAUCUAGUCUUUCUGGAUGUUUUGAGGUUAUGAUAUAUGAUGAAAAUUAGAGUCGAAUACUUUUGUAUAUAACUUUUAUUGAACUUCAUAGAUAAAUACUAUCUUUAGGAAAUGACACUUGGAAAUAAUAAACCAUCUCUUGGAAAUCUUUGGGUUAUUGGCAAAGAUGAAGUCAGGAAGGAUUUUAUGCUAUUAUAUUUGGAAGAUAAAAUCCAAUUUUAACCUUUAAUGGUUUAUGUACAUUUUAUUUCAUUGUACUUUAUAAGUGUAAUGCUAAAAAACAUAAGUAGAAAAUUUCUUACUAAGUUACAACAUCUGCCUCCACAAGUCUAGUUCUUUCUGAGUUUUCUAAGAACAGUUUUGUCCUCAAGAAAGGGGCUUUACUGUAUAUAUUACUUUAGUUGAUAGUAUAUUUAGUUUUAAAGUUCUUAUUACUUGGAUAUUUUGGUUUAUUUGUCUUAUUAGGCUAUUUUUGUUUAGAUAUGAAAGUGAGUGAAAGAAAUUGAUCAUUCUUUAAAAUGGAAAGUGAUUUUUUUUUUUUUUAUUGUUUCAGUAUACACAUUUUUCCUCCAUAGGAAUGCUGAAAUAAUUUUGUUAGAAAAAUUUAUAGUUAAGUGUAAAACAAAAAACACAUUGCCAUCAAGUCAAUUCAGUAUGCAUCUUAAAAAUUUAGACCAUAAAUAUAACCUAUAGUAGGGUCUUCAACUCAAGGCAUGCAUACUCUGAGGAGUAUUCAACUUUCCGAGGGAUACUUAGGCAUGAAUAGCUUUAAAAAGAUUAUAUACUUUUUAAAAAGUGUAUAUUCUCAUAUAUAUUCUUUGUUAAAAUUGAUUUACCUAAGAGCAUAGGGGUCAUGCCAUCUCUUUUUUCCCUUUCAUAAUCACCCUUCUUCCACUUUACAAAAAAACCUGUGGCAUAGUUAUUUUCCAAAAGUGACUACAACUGUAUUUCAGGUGCCACAUACUCUCGCAGAACUUUGCUGCUACCCCUUUAAGAUGUGGACUUAUGUCUCUUCCCCUUGAACCUAAAAGGACCUCUCUCACUGCCCUGACCAAGGGAUUAUUGUGGAAGUUAAUGUAUUUUUGCUAUGGGUGAAGUGUGGUGUUAGAAGUGAGUUAUACUGGCACACGUGGAGGUGUUCACAAUUUAGAUGUGUUGUCAGUUGGGAAGAUGGAGUGAUGACAGUUUUGUUCAAUGACCUUGACUUUUUUGUCUCCUAUUGUGUAAAAAACCACUUUUUCCAAGGGUGAAUCCCAUGAAAAGAAAGCAAGGAGAACAUGAACAUAACAUAAAGGGAAAAGGUACCUUACUUUUAGGCAACAAACACCCGGUAAGGUUCCUUGCUGCAUCUAAAAAUAUUCAAGAUUGGUAUAAAAGUAUGAUGAGAAUUGGUGAAUUGACUGUCAGGCAGACUCAGUAUUCCCACCAUUCUCAAUAAUGAUAAAGAGCCUGAUGGGUGUGUCUUAGUCCCUGUCUCAGUAGCAUCAUCUACAUGAUUUCAAGGAGGCAGAUGGUAAAGGACCAUGUUUACUUAUGACAUACUACAUCUUCAAGUUAAAAGAACAUAUUUUAAAGGUAAGUUUAUGGUUUUACAUUUUCUGGUACAUUUUUUAAAUUCCUAGGAGAACCUUUUUUAUUAAACUUUGCCAGUACAUUAUUAGAUUCUAUAAAUCCAUAUUAACUUUUUAUGUGGGCCCAAGUCUCCUGCUUACUGUCACUCAACCAUUUCUCUGAUCUUUUUGUUCCUACCAUGUACGUAGAUUUAAAUUAACAGAAAGAUAUUGUGGACGUUAAGUAAUACACAUAUAAUAGUCACUACCUUGUGUAAGGAGCCCAGAGCACUUGGUUGCUAACCGAAAGGUCAGCAGUUCAAACCCACCAGCCACUCCACAGGAGAAAGAUGCAGCAGUCUGUUCCUGUAAAGAUUUACAGCCUUGGAAACCCCAUAGGAUUACUAUGAGUUGGAAUAGACUCAACGGCAGUGGGUUUUGGAAUACCUUGUAUAAGCCCUGAAGUUACUAGUGACCCAAUAUUUUCUCAUCUUUUUGCUUUUAAUUUCCACAAUUUAUCAUCUAAGACACCAUUAUUAUAAGAUUCCCCAUUAUUUUAUAUACCACUUAGGAAAAAGUACUGCCGAGUAGACUAUGAUACGCCAUCUAUUAUAAGAUGAGUCCCAAUUUCAGAGAUGUUAAAAUGUGUGUGUUAGCUUGAAGUAAUAUCAGCAGUACUCUUAAAAGCAGAAUAUGUCCUUACGUGCAGAAGUAAGGAGUAAAUAUUCCCAAAAUGUAGUUCAGGGUAUAGUGCAUUUAACUUUAGAAAAUUAGCUUUACUUAAUUAGGAUUAAUUUGUCCUUAGAUAUUUAUACGCUGUUCUAAUUCUGUAAAAAGUAUAAUAUUUUUUUAAUCAUGAAAUAAAAAUUCUAGUCUACAGGCAGUUCCAACUUAACGAAGGGGUUCUGUUCCAAUGACUCAUCUUUUUUUUUUUUAGUUUUCAUUAUUGUCAUUUAUUAUCAGUAUCUUUAUAAAUCCAAUCUUUGAACAUCUGAGAAUAACAUCAGCAAAUUACACACUGCAACAUUGUAUAUAGUAUAUAUUAACUAAUGAUAAGAUAUGCCCAAAAAAAACUUAAGUGUGGCUUGUCGUAACUCUAAUACAUCCUAAGUCGAGGACUACCUGUGUAUAUAAUUAUCACAAAAUGUGUGCAGUUUCCAAUUUUAUGGUGUUUUUUCUUAAUUUUAGCUCCAAAAUAAUAUGCUUCUAAAUGAAAUGGUUAUGGAUAAGUCCUGGUAAAACCUUUGAGUUAAUUUCCUAAGGAAUUGAGAAGGAAAAUGACUUGAACAACUAGAUCUUUUUCAGUUCUGGUAGUUUUCAACAAAGUUGAAGGAGGACUUAAUCAAAUUGUCAACUAAACAUUAAAAAUAAUUUGAUGAUAGAUCAAUUUGUGAUUUUCAGAAUAUAAUUUUGAAGGGGUCCAGGAAUUGAGUUGUAUUGCUGUAACAAAAUUCUUUCCAUCCCUUUUUUCUUAUAUACGUGAAUGAGGUUCCUCAGCACUUACAUCUAUACAUAAACAAUAAUAAAAUCAUCAGUAGGUAUAGAAAAAUACAGCACCUUCCAGCUCACUAAGAGAUACGUUUCCAAAUUUUACUUUGUAUCUUUAAUAGUUACUUAUUAAAAUAUAUUUAUGUUGUUUUCAUCAUUUGAAUAAUAAUAGUUCACAUGACAGAUUUUUAAAUACUUGGAGAUAUAUAUUCACAGGAAAUCCUUUUUAAUUUAUAAAAAAUUUGUAUUUCAAUAAAAAUAGUUUUAAUACAUUUUGAGAAACAUACAUGAUAGAGUAUCAGUAAAAGACUUUCAAACAUUAAAAUAUAUUACACUGAGAUAAAAUUACAUGAGGUGUAAUGGAAGUAUGAGGGGGCUAAAAAAUAAUGUAAAAUUUCUUAUUAAAGAAGAACUGUUCAUAUUUUAAAGGGAGGAUGGAGAAUGUCAAAUUGUGGUAGUAUUUAGAUUUUAUUGAACGCAUUUAAAAUAAUGAUGUAAUAGUUUUUACCUUAAAAUCAAUAUUUACAAUAUUCCAGAAAUGACUUCCUUUGCCAAAUUUUAAACUUACGAUGCAAAAAUUUUUAUCCACUUACAAAUGUAUAAAAGGAUAUAUUAAUUUUCCAAAUUAUUUUAGAGACUGUGUGACCAAAUUGUAAAGAUCCCAAAACAGAGAGAGGAGAACAGGGAAUAUAGUAAACUAUAAAUCCAAGAAAAAUCAGAGAAGGAAGGAAAAAAGUAAAGCUAAAAAUGGCAGCAGUAGGUCCAAAUAAAGUAGAAUUUCCGAUUAAAAGACAUGAGAUUGGAUUAGAGAAAUUAAAUAUAUCUGUUUGCUGGUUUACAAGAGACAUGAAAAAUAGUUAUAAAAAGAUUCAAACUCGUGUGUGUAUAUAUUAUUUAUACAUAUAUACAUCUACAUAUGUAUGUAUAUGUAUGUAUAUUUUCAAGUACAUACAGUGUGUAAUAAAAUUUUUAUAGAUUUUCUAAGUCAAAAAGGAGUCUACAAAUUUCAAAGAAUUGAUUGUUAUGCAGAUCAUAUUUUUUUUACCACAAUAUCAGUAAAUUUAAAAACCAAACCCCCCCCCUGUCAAAAAAUGUAAGAAUAAAUCAGUGAAACAGAAACUAUAGAGAAUGGCAACAAAAGCAAGAACUGGUUCUUCGAAUAAAAGAGACAAAUAUAAAAGAUCGAUGAAGGGAACAAAAAGAAAAAAAAAACAAUUUUAACCUUUGGUAUUACAUCAGGUUUUGUUUCCUUUUUGAGCCCUUAUGUUUGUGACAAUCCACUUCUUAACGACUUUUCUUAGACGUGUUUCCAAAAAACUAAGAAAAAUUUUACUUUAAAAAAUAUAAUAAAACAUUCUCUCUAGCAGUUACCAUAUAAGUCCAUUGGCCCCUUUUGUAAAUAUGAGAUAAUGGGAUUUUAAGACAUCUUAUUUUUUUCUGUAUCUUGAAAUAUUUUGCAACUUAAUAAUUCUAGGAAUGAUUUCAACAGUUAUUUGCAACUAUAGUAAGUAAAAAAAAAAAAUAGAAAAGAAUGGAUGAAAUCACCUAAAAAGGUAAUGCAGUAGUGAAAUAAAUCAUCAUUACAUCAUCCUUCAGGUUUUUUUUUAUCGUAUUGCCCCAAGAACUGCAUUACUUUUCAAGAAAUCUGUUGUUAGAUGCCAUCAGGUUGAUUUCGACUCAUAAUGACCCCAUGUGACAGAGUAGAACUGCCCCAUGAGGUUUUCUAGGCUGUAAUCUUUAUGGGAGCCGAUUGCCAGGUCUUUCUCCCACAGAACUGCUGGGUGGAUUUGAACCACCAAUCUUUCAGUUAGCAGUUGAGCACUUAACCAUUGCGCCACCAGGGCUCCUAAAAGAAAUCUAGAGACACUAUAUAAUUGUUUUUUAAGUUUUCAUUGGGCACAGUUGAGAAUUCAGCAUUUUUCUUCCAUAACG